AAGUCAAAUAAAGAUUAGAAACCAACCAACCAUUACCAUAGUGGUAUGUAUCCAUGAAGAUUGGUAUCAACCUCAUUGUCAAUUCAUCCACCACCGAUCAUCACACUCACUUCCACUAACCACCAUCACCUUCCUCUCCUUCCUCUAUCUCCCAACAAACCAACCCCAAACCCUCUUCCAUAAUAUUUUCUAUUUUUUCAUUUAAAUUAUAACAAUUAAUCCAUCCAAUAAGCUUAAGGCACGUCACAUCUUAUUAUCUCAAUAACCCUCUUUUUGUUCUCGUUCUCAUUUUCCCUUUUCAAAUCCAAUUAGGGUUUCAUUUCCAUCUCAAUUUUUCUUCUUCGUUCCCAAUUUUCGUUUCCUAGUAAUAAUAAUCCAAGGGACGAGGAUGAGGCUUUGGAGAUCGGAGAUCGUUUUCGCCAUCUUGCUUUGUUGUGGGACCGCUCAAUCUCUUUCCACCACCGCCGUUUGUCCCAAGGAAUCGCUUUCGGAUUUCGUUUUAGGGUUUUCUGAUUCGAUUUGUUCGUUAUCUGAUUCUCUUGGAUCCAUUCAUUAUGUUGGUGUCACCCAGGGAGAUGAGGCUUCUUUGCAGAAGGCAUUGAAUAUGGUUCAUAAGAAUUAUCAUGAGUAUGUGGCUGUGCUAUUCUAUGCAUCAUGGUGUCCUUUCUCUCGGAUAUUUAGACCGGUUUUUUCUGUUAUUUCUUCGUUACAUCCUACUAUUCCUCAUUUUGCUAUUGAAGAAUCAUCAGUUAGGCCGAGUACUUUAUCCAAGUAUGGUGUCCAUGGUUUCCCAACAUUAUUCAUUUUGAAUUCUACCAUGCGCGUUCGAUAUCAAGGAUCUCGAACUCUUGGCUCUCUCGUAGGGUUCUACAAUGAUGUUACUGGAAUAAAGAUUGAUUCACUUGAUCAGCUAUCCCUUGAGAAAAUUGGGAACCCAUCAGCUAAUGAGAAUCACGUGGACACUGAACCAGAAAGUUGUCCAUUUUCAUGGGCCAGGUCUCCAGAAAAUUUACUGGGUCAAGAAACUUAUUUGGCUCUGGCCACUGCAUUUGUGGCUUUGAGAUUACUCUACCUGUUUUUUCCUACACUGCUUAUAUGUAUUCAAUAUGCUUGGGGAAGGGUCAUUCAAAAUGUUAGAUUAUGGAGCUUGCUGGAACAUCCUUUGGUUUAUUUGAAGCGAAUAAUACAGUCAAUUUACCGUUUGAAAGAGCCAUGCAAGAGAAGUAAUCUGCAGGAAGGAGCAAUGAAUGCUAAGGCAUGGGCUUCCAAGUCCCUUGCCACAGUUUCGAUUGGAGAAGAAAGCACCAGCCGUGCGAUGCACCAGUAAGUUGACUAUCAAACAGUUUUCCCUGUGAAGUAUACCCUACCCUAUUAAAGGCUUGGCUGCAAGUUAUGCCAUGUACUCUUGUGUAAUCAUCUUCACAUCCUUGAGCCUCACGCUUAGUAUAGUCAAUUGUGUUACUGAAUGAUGUAAUCGUCCCUUUUUUGUCCAUAUGAUCAAGAAAUACUUCAUUCAGCAUUCUAGAAAAUUGACUUCAAUGUGUAUAGUUUAAACAGAAAAAUUCAGACCUGAAAUCUGUAAUUCUUUGACUUUUUGUAGGUUUACCUGAAGGUCAAAUGUUUUGAUCAUCAGUUCAUAAAAAAUUAAUUUUGUUGGGAAUGAAAUGAUUGUAAAUCCUGCCCGUAAUGAUUGGCUGCGAUGUUUCGUGUACUCAAA